CCCAAAAAAAAAAAUUCACUCAAAAACCUUGCAACCUUUACAUGCUUCGUCAUAGCUAUCCUAGCCUUUGCGCAAUUAUGUAACGCGCAAAAUUCACCACAAGACUAUGUUGAUGCCCACAAUGCAGCUAGGGCUGCCGUGGGUGUUGGUAACAUACAGUGGACCGAUGACCAAGUGGCGGCUUACGCCCAACAAUAUGCUAACCAACGAAUCAAUGAUUGUGCUUUGCAGCAUUCUCAAGGGCAAUACGGAGAGAAUCUUGCAGGAGGUAGUGGCGAAUUAAGUGGCACGGAUGCAGUACAAAUGUGGGUGAAUGAGAAGGCCAAUUACGACUAUAAUUCAAAUUCAUGUGUUGGCGGGGAUUGUUUGCACUAUACUCAAGUGGUUUGGCGUAACUCGGUUCGUCUUGGAUGUGCUAGGGUUCAAUGUAACAAUGGAGGGUAUUUCAUUGGUUGCAACUAUGAUCCACCAGGCAAUUACCAAGGCGGAAGACCUUACUAAUCUUUUUGAGAAAAAUGACAACUCAUCCUCUAAGAGAGUCUUGGAACUACUAAAAAAUCUACCUCGUAUUCUACUAUUUGUUUAAAGUAUAGUUUGUGUCAGCUCACUAGAGCAUUUAGUGAUAUUCACUACUUGAUAAGGUAUGUGGUUACAAUGUAUCUUAUAAACCUAUGUAUGCAUGAGAGGAGCAAAUGAAUAAAGUGUAACUUGUUUUCAAUUAUCAUAUACACAAGCUAUUGUAUCACUUUGGGGUAACUUUAUUACGGAGUAUAUGUAUCAUGUGAUGUGGAUGGUGGAUCAUAUUAGCACUCUAUAACUUAAAAUUAGAAAAAGGAAAAUUUAGGCUGGGGUCGAAGGGGUAAAAUUAAGCAACUACUUAGUGUGUCGAUUUAGGUUGGGCAAGGUCCGGACUGAAAAUGCUUGCCCAAAACUUGUAAAAAUGGAUUGUACUUAACGGAUAUUUUCGUGUUUUCUCGGCCAGGCUAAAAAAAAAAAAAAUUAACAAAAAUUCUUAAAAUAGCUUGUUGUCCUGUCCAAAAAAAUAAUAAUUUCGGACUUAUGUCCAAAACCAGCCCAAAAUUGGGUCGGGCUAACGGGUUGGGCCGAGCCCAUAUUGAUCACUUCUAAAGGUUACAAUUCAAAUGUGGGUUGCUUUUUCAAACGUUACCCUCAUAUUUGAUUCCUUUUUUUCUUACAAUCAGCCAGACCAAUCAAUUUUGUUGGUUUUUGCUCCAAAUUGAUCAUUAAUUCUUCUUCAAUUUGGAUUCUUCCGAUUAACAAAUCCUAAAUUUUUAUUAGGUUAAAGAAGAAUAUUAUUAUCUCAUACAAAUCUAAAGGUUUCAUCUUAAAACCAAUUUACGGCGACAUAAAUACGUAAAGUCGUACCUACAUAGCCCACUUGACUUACAUGUUAUAUAUAUCCAUCCU